AUCAUUAGGGUACCAUGUGGUUUCAACUUUCAAAGACUCAUGGAAUCAACACGUGCCUGCUCUUUCCUCCAAUUCCUUUGUAUAAUACUUGUACUAGUUACAUUCCCUUCUAUGCUUCCAACAACCUUGGCCAGUGACUUCUCAAUCAAAGAGGCAACAAUACAAGAUCUUCAACUAGCUUUCAAAAGAAACCAAUUAACAUCAAGACAACUUGUUGAAUUCUACCUCAACCAAAUCAAAAUCCAAAACCCAGUUCUCAAAGGGGUGUUGGAGGUGAACCCUGAUGCAUUAGCACAAGCAGAUAGAGCUGACCAAGAGAGAAGGACUAAAGCACCAGGUUCUCUUUCAGGGUUGCAUGGAAUACCCAUUUUGGUUAAGGAUAACACUGCAACUAAGGAUAAGUUGAACACUACUGCAGGCUCUUUUGCACUUCUUGGAUCAGUGGUGCCAAGAGAUGCAGGUGUUGUUACCAAGUUAAGGGAAGUUGGGGCUAUCAUAUUGGGGAAGGCCACUUUGAGUGAGUGGUCUCAUUACAGGUCUAAUGAAGCUCCUAAUGGUUGGAGUGCCAGAGGUGGACAAGGAAAGAAUCCAUACACAUUGGAUGAACCAUGUGGAUCAAGUAGUGGGUCAGCAAUAUCAGUAGCAGCAAAUUUGGUGAGUGUGUCACUUGGUACCGAAACCGAUGGCUCCAUUUUAUGCCCUUCAAGUUUUAACUCAGUAGUUGGAAUCAAACCAACUGUUGGUCUCACUAGUAGAGCAGGUGUAGUUCCAAUUAGUCCAAGACAAGAUACAGUUGGGCCAAUUUGCAGGACUGUAUCAGAUGCUGCUUAUGUUCUUGAAACCAUAGCAGGCAUCGACACUUAUGAUAAUGCAACAUUUGAAGCAUCAAAGUAUAUCCCAAAAGGUGGCUAUGCUCAGUUUCUAAAGAAAGAUGGACUACGAGGAAAGAGAUUAGGAGUAGUGAGACAAUUUUACGAGUUUGGAGGUGACACUUUACUGGAUGAAACUUUCAAGCUACACCUAAAAACGCUAAGGCAAAGAGGUGCAGUUUUGGUUGACAAUUUGAAGAUUGAUAAUGAACUUAUCGGCGAUCAAAGUGAAGAGAUUGCUCUGAAUUUUGAAUUCAAAUUAUCAUUGAACGCGUACCUGAAAGACUUAGUUACAUCGCCAGUGAAAAGCUUGGCAGAUGUGAUAGCCUUCAACAAGAAACACCCAAAAUUGGAGAAAAUCGAGUAUGGCCAAGAUCUCAUGCUGCAGGCUGAAAAGACAAACGGGAUUGGAAAAUCAGAGAAACAAGCAUUAUUAAAUAUGACAAGAUCGUCACAGAAUGGAUUUGAGAAACUUAUGAAAAGAAAUAAACUCGAUGCUGUGGUAACACCUUUUUCAUCCUUUAGUAGCAUACUUGCUAUUGGAGGUUAUCCUGGAGUGAAUGUUCCAGCAGGAUAUGAAAAGGGUGUGCCAUUUGGAAUUUGUUUUGGAGGUUUGAAAGGGUCAGAACCUAAGUUGAUUGAAAUUGCUUAUUCAUUUGAGCAAGCAACUUUGAUCAGAAAACCACCCCCCCUUCGGAAGUUGGAAAUUUGAAGUAGUAAUGCUAGGAAUAUGAUUGCUUCAUCUCAUUUUCUAGUAAAUUGAGUUGAAGAGCUUACAUUACAUGAACUGUAACUGUAAGAAAAUCUAAAUUAUAACAUUGUUGAUUGGUCUGAAAAUCCAGCAUACAAUAAGGAUUCUACAUUAUGUAUGGUGAAGUUGUGUUCAUAUAAAUCAUGAGAGAAAAUAAUGCAAGAAAGAAAUAUACCCGAAUGCAUAAAUGCUGA